ACUUGCACAUUGAUAUCGACCACGACCUUCUGCUACCAUCUCUGCUGCUCACAACAUCCAGGACAGCGUGCAGAGCUUAAGGUGAAUUAUAGGACACAUAAUGGUAUCUCUUUCUGACCCGGUGUUAGCGUUUCGCAGGUUUAAUAGGCAAGGAUUCUGAGUUCGCAGUCGAUCCUCAUUAUCUAUCGCCCUGCACAGCAGAGCACAGAAUAAUUUGUUACAAUACAACAUGACGAAUGCACCAUUGAACGCGAAGGCUCCUGACCCGAUCCUUCUUACCCUCUUUGCGAACCGCUUCAUGAGCGUAGCAGAGGCGAUGGGUCGUUCACUUCAGCAGACUUCGAUAAGCACGAACAUCAAGGAGCGAUUAGAUUUCUCUUGUGCGCUCUUUGCACCCGACGGGGACCUAGUGGCCAAUGCACCUUUCAUUCCUAUUCAUCUCGGUUCGAUGAGCUUCACCUUGACGCUGUUAAAUAUCAGAUGCAGCUACAUGGCAAGGACAUUAAACCAGGAGACGUCUUCAUGACCAACGCUCCUCACGCUGGUGGCUCUCACCUUCCCGAUAUUACGAUCAUCAGUCCGGUCUUUGACAAGGAAUCUAACAAGAUCAUAUUCUUCACCGCUUCCAGAGGACACCAUGCCGACAUUGGAGGUAUCCUACCUGGCUCGAUGCCUCCGACAUCCACCAAUAUCUUUGAAGAAGGUGCCAACAUCGUCAGUUUCAAGAUCGUCAAAGAGGGUGUCUUCGAUAAAGCUGGACUCUAUGAUUACAUGAUCGACAAGCCAGCUCAAUACCCUGGAAGUUCCGGAUGUAGGAAUAUCCGAGAUGUCGAAAGUGAUCUAAAAGCUCAAAUCGCCGCCAACCAUAAGGGCAUUCAACUCAUUCAUGCCAUUGUGGACGACUAUGGAUUGGAGACAGUUCAAGAAUACAUGUACCACAUCCGGGUGAACGCCGAAACGUCCGUUCGCAACCUCCUCAAAGACGUCGUCAAACGUGCCGGUACAAACGUCCUCGCCGCAACCGAUCAUCUCGAUGAUGGUUCUCCCAUCUGCUUGAAAGUGGUUAUAAACGAAGAAGAUGGCUCAGCAGAACUCGAUUUCGAAGGGACAGGUUGUGAAGUUAGAGGCAACCUGAAUGCCCCGAUAUCAGUCGUCCAUUCAGCCGUCAUCUAUUGCAUGAGAGCUAUGCUUGACUCCGAUAUUCCACUGAACGCAGGAUGUCUUGUUCCCCUGACCAUCAAGAUCCCAGAAGGCUCACUUCUAUCGCCUUCACUUACAGCUGCGGUUUGUGGAGGAAACGUCUUAACGUCUCAACGAAUCGUAGACGUCGUAUUGAAAGCGUUCCAUGCUUGUGCUGCUAGUCAAGGUUGCACAAAUAAUCUGACAUUCGGAGCUGGUGGUAAAGACAAGGAUGGAAAGAACAUCACUGGUUGGGGAUACUACGAGACAAUAGCAGGCGGCUCAGGUGCAGGUCCAACCUGGCACGGAACCUCAGGCGUGCACACACACAUCACCAACACCCGUAUCGGCGACGUCGAGAUUCUCGAACGUCGAUACCCCGUUCUCAUCCAUCAAUUCGGGAUCCGGGAAGGUAGUGGUGGGAAAGGGAAAUGGAGAGGUGGGGAUGGUGUGAUUAGGGAAUUCGAGUUUACGGAAGGGUUGCAAGUGUCUAUUCUCUCUGAGCGACGAACACGUCAACCUUAUGGGAUGGAAGGCGGCCAUCCAGGUUCCCUAGGUCGGAACACCUGGAUCAAACAACUUCGCAAAGCCGACGGAGACCUCAUAGACUCACCCUCAUCCCAAUGCUCCUUAUCACCCUUCCCACAUUCUCAUACCAGUUCAAACAUCAACGCACCUCGAAGAAUCAACAUCGGGGGUAAAGCCACCGUGUUCAUGGGUAAAGGAGACCGACUGAUCAUAGAAACUCCGGGAGCGGGGGCUUGGGGCGUUCCAGAGGACGAAGAAGAUGAAGAGGAAGGGGGAGGAGAUCAUGAUUGUAGUCAUGUGAAAGUCUGGGCUGCGAGGGGAAGUUUGGCUGAGAGAGAUGCCGCACAGGCAGCGUUCUAGUUUGUGUUGCCAAGUGUUGAAACAAGGAUGAGUCUUUUACGGGAAGGAAGCAUACUUACUUCGGAAUGCAUGGAACAUGUAAAAAUAGAAUAUAUCGCAAAUUUAAACUACAUAUAUAGUGCUACCCUUGCGAAUAAUGGCAGGAAUCUCUCCAUUACUU